AUGGCAUCUGUGCUGGACAACAUAGCUAGACCUUCUGCUGUCGUUCUGCAGCUGUCUGUGGUGCUUGGCGUAAUCUUCGUGCUGCUGAAAGUGGCCCAGUUCUACCGGGAGAGGAAGAAACUCAUCAAAGCUCUGGAGGCAUUCCCUGGUCCCCAGAAACACUGGCUCUAUGGCCACAAUCACCUGAUAACUUCCGAUAAAAUAUUAAAUCAGAUGGUGUCAUGGGGAGAAGAAUACCCCUAUGCAUUUCCCAGGUGGCUUGGACCAGUCCUGCCUUCUCUAGUCGUCCACCAUCCUGAAUAUGCCAAAAGCAUACUUGGCCGAACAGAUCCCAAGCCCAGUGUACCCUACAAAUUCAUACUUCCCUGGAUCGGGCGGGGGCUGUUGGUCUUGGAUGGGAGCAAAUGGUUCCAGCAUCGGAAGCUGCUCACCCCAGCCUUUCAUUAUGACGUGCUGAAAUCAUAUGUGGCCCUGAUGUCUGACUCAGUCAAAGUGAUGCUGGAUAAAUGGGAAAAGAAGAACAUAGAGAGGAAGACAGUGGAGCUCUUUCAAGAUGUCAGCUUGAUGACACUAGACAGCAUUAUGAAAUGUGCCUUCAGUUAUAAUACCAACUGCCAGACUCAGAGCAACUCAGAGUAUUAUAUCAAAGCUGUUUAUGACCUGAGCUACCUCGUGAGCAAUAGAAUCCAGACUUUUUCUUACAAGGAUGUCUUCUAUGACUUGACUCACAAAGGCCGUGCAUUUCGGGAUGCCUGCAGGCUGGCCCACACCCACACAGAUAAGGUAAUAAAAGAAAGAAAGAUGUUGCUUUCCAAUGAGAAUGAACUUUACAAGAUCCAGAAGAAGAGGCACCUGGAUUUUCUGGACAUUCUUCUUUGUACCAAGGAUGCAAAUGGAGUUGGACUGCCCGAUGAGGAUCUGCGUGCUGAGGUGGACACGUUCAUGUUUGAGGGUCACGAUACCACAGCCAGUGGGAUCUCCUGGCUCUUCUACUGCAUGUCCUUAUAUCCAGAGUACCAGCAACGGUGCAGGGAGGAGAUCCAGGGGAUCUUGGGAGACCGAGAUACCAUUGAGUGGGAGGACCUUGGGAAGAUGACUUACACCACAAUGUGCAUCAAAGAGAGCUUGCGUCUGUUCCCACCAGUUCCUGCUGUGUCCCGAUACCUCUCUAAACCUGUCACAUUUUCCGAUGGACGCAGCUUGCCAGCAGGCUGCCAGGUUGGGAUAAACAUAUUCGCUAUUCACAGGAAUCGGGAUGUGUGGGAGGACCCUGAGAUAUAUGAUCCCCUGAGGUUUUCUCCAGAGAACUCAGCACAGAGGCACUCCCACGCUUUCCUGCCUUUCUCUGCUGGAUCCAGGAACUGCAUCGGGCAGCAGUUUGCCAUGAACGAGAUGAAGGUGGCUCUUGCCUUAACCCUGCUCCGUUUUGAGCUCUGCCCUGACCCGUCCAAUCCUCCCACACUGAUACCGCAGCUCAUCCUCAGGUCCAGCAACGGGAUCCACCUACAUCUGAAGAAGAUUCACUGA